UUCUGCUCGUUCAUCGAGCAAGCCAAACCGUUUGUGAAGAUUGCAGAGCUGUUUGUUACAUACUACAGUAAUAAAUCCAUGUCAACUUUUGAGGAAAAAAGAAUCUUCGUAUUCAUUCUGUAGCUUAUCUGUCCACUCACUGACAUUUUCACGUUUCAAAGGAAGGACUGAAGGAAGGACGAACGCAGGCAAUUGUUGAGAAAAACGAAUCCAAGCACAGAAAUUGGCGAAAUCAGGAGCCCUGGGCCAAACCUCGUAUUAGCCUUGUGACAAUUCAUCUACAAACCACGUGAUCAGGCAAAGGUGUCAGGUGGAAUGAACUAGGAUGGAGCCAGCCAAUAAUAUCCUGGCGCACUCGGGGCUGUCGUUCUACCCCUCGAGUGUAACUUCUAGUGGGAUCCUCCCCACAAGCCCCGGGACACAGGACUCCGUCCCGCGAUCAGCUCUUACCGUGUCGGGCCAAAACGGAUGGGGAAAUUACACCAACGACGCAGCCCUUGCUCAUAAUUCUUGCGCUAUGUCGACCUACCAGCUAGGAGCAUCUUUCUCUAUGAACAGUGCCAAAGGACCAUACAAUUCUUUCUCCAGUCAAGAUUAUCUGAACAAUUGUCGUCAGAUGCAGAUAUCAUCACUAGGAUCUAUGAACUCACUCCCCAUGAGAAACUAUGCCCCUUUAUACGGCGAUGUUUAUCAACCGGGCCACCCGCCCAGCUAUACAAACGGGGGAUUCUACCCCGAAAUGACGCCGGGCCUUCCCCCGUUACCCGGUCGGGAUCCUCUUAGCUGUCCGAGCGGACAGUCCGAUUCCUCAGUUCAAGAAACAAAGGGAAGAAAAAAGCGGAAGCCAUACACUCGCUAUCAGACGAUGGUUUUGGAAAAUGAAUUUUUAAACAGCUCAUAUAUAACACGGCAAAAGCGAUGGGAAAUUUCUUGCAAGUUACAGUUAUCUGAAAGACAAGUUAAAGUUUGGUUUCAAAAUCGACGAAUGAAACGAAAGAAAUUAAACGAAAGAAAUAAAGCACGUGUACGAGAAGAUCAAGAAAACAAAGACACUCUCCAAACACAUUCAGCUCAGGGGGAUACACUAUCUGCGCAGGCGUAGGGAUAACAAACACUUCCGGAUGAGCUAUUCUAUAGGAGCGAACACAGAGCUCCAUUUGCCAGGGGAGUUCAGUCAUUGAUCGACUGAAUUAUCUCCCUUUGCUUGGCAACACGGGUGUUUAUCAUGUUGUUCUGUGACAUAACGGAUGUACAUUGAUGCCGCUGUGCAUGCCGGGAAGCGAUGAAAGCCACAAGGUCGAACAGAUGUCCAAGACCACAGCAUAAGUACUUACAGACAUUCUGUGUUACGACAACGUGGCAACCGGAAACAGAACGGCACCGGCGCAGAACCAAUGCGUGCUGGUAUUAGUAACAUAAUACGAAACUGUGGUGAAUGGCUCAGUUCAUCUUUAUUAUAUGAGUAGCCCUAACUUGUGAAUGUCCCUAAUGAGACAAGAAGGUGUAGAUAUUAGUUGUGAAAGAAUUAAUUUUCUUCAAGAAACUCAACGGAUAUUGACAUUAUAUGGUAAUGAAAAGUGGACGUAUUGAAUGUGCGCGAGAUCGACGUGUGUGAUCUCUUCUGUUGACAUUCUCCAGUGAAAACAAACUAUAGUCCACAUAGCCAAUAACACAACGCCUCAAAGGUCACGUGGUCUAUUUUUGAGGCAAAAAACGAACAUUUCCCCUAAAUAUUAGGUUUGGUCAGAGUGUAGAAACUGUCAAAGUAUCAUAAACUGCAUUUUACGUCAUCUCAUUCUCACUGCAUACCACUUUACGGCAGUUUCCGAGACUGAGGACGGAUUGUCGUAAAUAUCAUGCCGGUUUACGACAGGCUAAUUGUUAUUGUAACAUUACUCUCCCUGUCUUUUCUAUGUGUUAUGAUUGUAUAAGUGCGUGAGAUUAUCCUUGUUUUCAUCACAGUUUUACCAAGACAACACUCUCAUUUAUUUCCAUUGAUGUGUUUCUGAGGCGGUAAGACAUCUAAUAAGACUGUAUAAAUAACGUCUUCUCAAAGAGCUGUCUCGGUAAUGUAAAAGGUUUCAUUUUAUUCCACACAUAUCAUGUUUCCAAUGUCUCAGAUUAAUUUCAUUGGUCAGUUCAACAAUUUUUGUAUACUCGUUUAGCGGAAACUACUUAAACACUGUUUCCAUUUUUUGGACAAACUUUUCUUUAAAUGAUGAAUUUCAUUUAAUUUUCAGACAAUAUUUAAAUCAUCACCCUCUCAAGAGCAUUUGGAAAUCAUGUAAUCGCAACGUCGAUGUAGUUAUUUUAAAUAACCAUUGGUAUUAUGUUCUUAAACUACCAUGCUCUUUUAAUGAGUUAUUAUUUAUUAAGUUUCAAACACAAAGUUCGUCAUUCCUGUUCGUGCGGCUGCUUUAUGUAAGAACACAAAGAAAGAAGCAGGUCAAAUUGGAUUCUGAUUAACUCACGUUGGUUGUUAUUCUUUUCUAACAUCUGUAUAGCUCACUCAGGUAAAAACAAAUAAUUUGUAUCCUUUAUAAGUUUCAGGUAUUUUGCAAAUAUCUAAGUGCUGAACGAUAGUGCUAAUCUUCGGUGUUCGAAUAAAUGUAACAUAACAUUUUCAUUUUAUAUGAGUCUUGAAAAAAUGAUAUCCUUCAUGUUCUAAAGUGUCUAAAUGAAAUUAAAAUUACAAGCCUAGUGCCACUUAGUAGAAUGUCAUAGUAAAAUAAACAUUUUACUUUCGUUGGUGAAUGUUUGUUAAUAAUACUGUUGCUGCACUUCCCGAAACUUGAAAAAAGGUGAUUGUGUUACAGUAUGGUACGAAUUCUUUUCCGUAGCGACAUUUUGUCUCAGAAAACACUAGUUUCACAAAGAGCAGUCGACGUACAUAUUGAGUUGAUAGGGGUAUCAUGACGGCAAUGAUGGUUUUAUUUACUUAGUCUUUGUCAGUUCACGUAACUUAAGUUUAUCAAGUUGUUUUGUCUGUCUUAAAAUGUUUCGCCUAUUAUUGUCUUCUUGAACGUAGUACCUUACGUUACGUCAUAAGUGCGCCUCACGACAUCAAGACUACAUCAUUAUUACGUCAUUAUUACGUCAUAACAUGUGACCUCGCCAAGUUUAAAAUGAGGAAAAAUAAAUGUGUUGUUGUA